AUGCCGAGGAAGCACCGUUUUGCGGGUUGGUGGCGCCGACUCUUCCGAAAGACCAAGACUCCAGAUAAGCGCAUUGUCGAAGAGCCGCAGUACGUUGCGACAGAGCCAGCAGAGAACUUGAGCCAAGAUCGACAGGCUGUACGAGGUGCCGGGUAUGCCGAACCGCAGGACAUUGUGACAGAGCCAGCAGGGAACUCGAGCCAGAAUCGACAGCCUGUACGAGGUGGCGGGUAUGUCCAACCGCAAGACGUUGCGACAGAGCCAGCGGAGAACUUGAGCCAAGAUCGACAGCCUGUACGAGGUGCCGGAUAUGACCAAGGCGACAACAACCACACUAUAGCACCGAUCUCUAAAUAUUCGCUUGUCUUUCCUCCGACUCCUCGGGUGGUCACUGUCAAGCCGCUACGAUGCAGCAACCCACAGACCACAACUGCUAGCCACAAUCAGUCCAAGCUCGAGAAGCGAGACGCUUUACGAAUACCUUCAUCUGAUCUCAAUCCUCUGACAACGUCUGAAGUCAUUGUUGCAUCAACAUGGGACAAACCUAGACCGAGACUAAACAACAUGCCGCUUGAGAUACUGGAGAAGAUCAUCCGCUUCAUCACAGGCGACUUGAUCAGUGUCGAGAUGCAUUUCCAGGAAGGAGAAUCGCGGGGUACUGUGGCGUGGCAUCCAUGGGAGGUUCCGCAGCUCCUGCUCGUGUCAAGAUAUAUCCGCCAAGUCACUCAAUCCUUGCUGCUGAAAACUUGCACCGAGCUCGAGCCCAAGACGCACCUUGAUGCUGGUGGCGCCUCCAACUUUUGGAUGCCUGCAGCAGAACUGGCCCCGCGACACUUCGAGAAGCUGUUUGUUGCGAACAGAAGCGUGGGAUCCAAAUAA